AUGAAGCAUGCAGCAUGCGUGGUAGCGGUGACGGCUGCGCGGUCCUGCCUUCAACCCCUGGUGUCCGCCAGCCGCUACCUCGCCGUUCAAGCCCUUCCCGGUGAUCCUCUUUACUUCGUCGUCGAGGCGAAGUCGAGAGUAAAGGAAGUCUACGCGCAGACAUGCAUGCUUCUCGGCCAGCAGGGCAUGCGAGACUGCGAACUCUUCGGCCUGGCAAUACUUUCCGACGGAGAGUAUCUCUUUGUUGACCCCGAGAAUAAGUUAAGCAAGUACGCACCGAAGAACUGGCGAAGUUCUCACACUUACGGCUUAGACAGCAGCGGACGUCCAGCCUUCGUCCUCUACUUUCGCGUUCGAUACUACGUGGACACGCCGUUGCUCUUAAGCGAUGAGACGACGCGUCACCACUAUUACCUGCAGCUCCGGGACAAUGUCGUCCGGCAUGGCGGCGGGGUGGAGAGCCUCCACCCGCACCAUCCCCUGCACGAACCGUCGAUCGUUACGCCUCUGCUCACGCUCGCGGGCCUUGCCCUACAAGCCGAUCUCGGGGACUACUCCGAGGAACGGCACAGGCCACACGCAGGAUCUGUCGGAUAUUGCAAACCCACGGAUUACCUUCCGCCUCACAUGUGCCUCGAGUCGAAUGUGCUCGCCGUGCUCGCGGCCCAGCACAGGGACAACCAGGGCCUGUCCAGGGAGGAGGCUGAGCUGCAGUACAUCCGGGAGGCGGUGCUGCUGGAGGCGCCGCUCAACGCUCACCUCUAUCGGCUCAGGAGAAGCAAGAACGAGGCCGGACCAGGUCGCAUACUCCUCGCGAUAUGCGCUCGCGGAGUGCGAGUAUACGCCGAGGAGGAGACGCCGCGUGUCUUCGCCUGGAACAACAUUGGCAAACUCUGCUUCGACCGCAAGAAGUUCGAGAUACGCGCCGUCGAUCAGCCGGACAAGCUCACUCUCUACAGCGGAUGCGAUGACAAAAGCAAGCUCCUGCUUGGCCUCUGCCGGGACACUCAUCAGUUCUCCAUGGCCAUAGCGCCCAGAGUAAACGAGGCGAAGAGGCGCGAAGAGGAAGAGAGGAAGGUGCUCCGGGACUGCUACAUGUACCCCGCUCGCUGCAAGCUAAGCUUGACGGCGCGCGGUGCACGCGGCGACCAACGAAUCUCUGUUAUCUCGAGCACGUCGUCCAACACAACUUCUGGGAUUGUCAGCGACCGGGUGCACAGCGAGGACGAGCCGGACACGGCGCCCGCUUCGACCGAGUGUCUGCCGCGCCUCACCGAAACCACUUCGCACGCAGCUGUCCAGUGCGGUGUCGUAAACGGUGCCAACGCGGACGUUGAGGACCGUUCGCUGCCGUCGUCGCCGGUUUCCACCGUGGACGAAGUAGACGGCGCGGACAGCACACCCACGACUGCUACAUUGAGAUUAGCGUCGAGCGCGGCGACAGCGGCUGAGGGAUCCCAAUGUAGCAGCAGCUGCAGCACGGUCGUGGUCGUGAAUGCACCUGCCGGUGGACCGCCGCGUAUGCGGCGCACUUCGGCAACGUCCAGUCUAGAGCUGGGCUACUCUCAUACGGCACAGAAUUCAGCGGUUUCAUCGGAAACCGCUAGCUUUCCUGGCGCCAUUUACGACAGGUGCAAGAAGGGCGGCAAGUACGCAGGUACAGACAUAGCGAGUGAAACCAGCGGAGUGUACACCUUGAGGAGCAGCGAGAUGCAGGACGAGAGAAUAGGGGAUCUAUACUCGCCGACGGGCGACGCGAACGAGUCCUCCGCUGCAAGCGACGUCUGCGCCUUGAGCUCCGUCCAAUCGACGACCGACGAGGCCUCGGUCACGUCCGGUUUCUACACCAUCCACAGCGGCCUCAGGUCCGAGACCAGCGACGUUUACACAGAGGACGUUGGCACGGAGGAUCACGAACCGAUUUACAGCGUAUGCAAAGGCGACGAGGACGUCUCGAACGUGGUGUCCGCAAUGACCGCGGUCACUCUGGACCAGCAGCUCGAGGACUCCAGAUCUCGUAGCAAUAGCAUACUGAGCGCGGGUAGCUUUAGAGGUGACGGUAGCGAUCCCUCUAGUGUGGGACCCUUGCUGUCGGCCGACGAACUGUCGGACCUGAUCGUCGGACGCUACCCGCCUCGCAAGACGAUCAGCAACUCGAUGGACUCCGACUGCGACUACGUUACCAUGCCUCCGCCGCCGCCGCCACCCAGGACGGACAGCGACAGACAGCUACCCCCGCCGCCUCCCUACCCGGUGAGCAUGGAGUACGCGACCUUGAACACGUCCAGGUCCAAGAUCCCGGAUAUAGAUAGGGAACCACCGCCUCCGCCGCCGUACAAUGCGACCCGAGGCGAGUUCGUGCCUCUACCGCCUAGGAGGACCGAUCCACCACCGCCGCCACCUUACACCUCGCCCAGGGAAAGGAUUCAAAUUCCACCGCCGACGCCUCCAAGAAACGACGCCGUGAUACCGAGGGAACCACCGCCGCCCCCACCGUAUCCCGAGGUGUCCGAGGUCACCCGGCAAGAAGCGAUUUCCACUCUCUACCCGACCGUGAGCGAGGAAGUCGUGUCGAGGGUGACGUCCACGAAGAUCCAGACCAGCCUCGUGAACAGCAAGGCGAACGUUGGCCUGGCGGUGUCGAAGGUCGCCCAAUCGGUGAACGAUGUGAUCGCGAUCGCGCCGAAACCGCCGCCCAGGAUUCAACCGCCCACUUAUCCCGGUGACAAGAUGAAACCCACCCCAGUUCACGCGCCAGUCGCAGCUCUGGUCGUCGGUCCGAACAACUACCUGGACGUGCACGCCUCGCGAGGCGGUCCAGUUCUGUUGCCCUAUUUGACGCCUCCUCCACCGCCGCCACCGCCGCCGCCGCCCAUGGUUCAUCCCAGACAACCACCGCCGCCUCCGCCCAGCCUGGCCACCGUCUACACCAGCCAGGUGGCUAGGUCCCAAAUCGAACAGUAUAAGCAACAGCUUUACUCCGACGUCGACUACGUGAUGUUCCCGCUGAAAGAUCCGGCCGUGUCCAAGCAGGAGUACAUCGACGCGAAGCAGGGCUCGCUGCUCGCCGCGAUGGCCGCGUACCCUCCGCCGCCUUAUCCUUCGUUCAACAACAAGUCCCUGGUGAUGUACCGCAGCACCCCGUACCUUCCCGGUUCUUCGUUCUCGUCGCCCUCGAAAUACGCUUCGAACCAGAAUCUCAGCAGCAGCGACACCAGCUCUAACAACUACCUGCCGCACAACAACCUGAGCAGCCAUUACGCGGCCAGCACCAGCUCGCUGUACAGCGGGGCCACCUGCUCGUCGGCGGGCAGCCAGAGUCUCAGACGCGAGCCGCCCGCGCCGGCUCAUCCUCAUACGCUGCACGCGUUCUCACGAACCAGGAGCGACGAGAACAUCUUGAAGUGCUUCGACUCGCCCUCCAGCAUUAAGCUGCAGUCGUUGCCGCAGCUGAAGCACCGUAGGCUGCCGCCACCUCCACCGCCGCCACCCUACGAAAUACAGAAUCUCGAGAAGAACCAACCGCUCCCAUCGGCCUCUUCCUCGUCUUCGUCGCCGAAGAAAACCCCGAAAUCAAGCGCCACUGCCACGGAGGAACACGAAGAGGGGAAAGAGGACGGUAUGCUGGACAUACGGACGCUGCGGGAGAAGAGCCGCAACCUGGACCUACCAUUGAUAUCGGCGUUGUGCAACGACCGAUACCUGCUGAAGCAGACGAAGGCGUUCGUGAUGCCGAAGCACCCGACCGAGGCGGCGUCCUCGACGUCGACGAAGAACGCGGCGAGGAGCAGCAACGGUGGUACGUCAAGCAGGAACAAGUAUCCGGUGAGCGGGUUGUCGACCACGCAAAUCACGAAGCCGCCCAGGAAAUCAUCGACCAGCACUCACAAACACCCCGCCGAGGUGAAGGGCAACGCUUACAAGAUCACCAACGCGGCCACCGUGUCGCCCGCUAAAAAGGAGCCAACCAGGGCGUCGCAUUCGUAACACGAACCGUGUCCGUGGGCGGGGAUGCCCUUGGAAAAUUCUGGAAUUUCUAUACCUCGACGGAAGUACAUUCCAACACGCCCAUAACGAUUCCACGAUGAAGGUUCCCUCGUCUUUUGUUUGUCGCGCGACAGGCAGCGACGUAACCGAACAUCCCGAUAGCGUAGUCGGGACGGGAAACGAAUCGACUCUUCGAAUCGCCCGCCAUUCGUUUCCGGUGGGCGGAGUCAGCGAUGGGACUGAACUUCAAGCGAGUUCCAACGAAAUUUUAAUCGUGAAAUUUUCUUUCUUUCCUUUUUUUUUGUCUAAUUGUAAGUUACAGAUCUGUUCUCGUUUACGCAUUGUAUUGUCAUGUAGUGUACAGGGGGCCUUGAAGCAAGUGUCCUUGAUGAUUAGCGACACGACGGUGUCCGAAACGACGACAGGGAGAAUGAAAAAUCGUGCCUUAGAUACUAUCCUCAUGAAAGAAAAUGCUCGUGUAUUUCGUAAUCGAAUAUUCUACGGCCUUGAACGCUGUAUGUUACAUGUACAUGUAAGUUUAUCACGACCAUCUUUGUCGGGUUAUUUUAACGAAACAUCGCAUGGAAGGGA